AGCCUCAGUGUGUCACAACACUGGUGGAGCUGCACGCUGAGAGGCAGAGAAGCUGUAUCUGCUAAGAGAAGCCCGUGGGAGAAAAGCGCUGCAGCUGCUGCCGCCAGGAUGCGUGAGUGUAUAUCAGUCCAUGUGGGUCAAGCAGGAGUCCAGAUUGGCAAUGCUUGUUGGGAACUUUUCUGCUUAGAGCAUGGCAUCCAAGCCGACGGUACUUUUGGCACCCAGGCCAGCAAGAUCAACAAUGACGAUUCCUUCACCACCUUUUUCAGUGAGACUGGCACUGGGAAGCAUGUGCCCCGGGCAGUAAUGGUUGACCUGGAACCCUCUGUAGUAGAUGAGGUUCGGGCUGGUACCUAUCGACAACUCUUCCAUCCGGAGCAGCUGAUCACUGGGAAGGAAGAUGCUGCCAACAACUAUGCCCGUGGACACUAUACUAUUGGCAAGGAGAGCAUUGAUCUGGUGUUGGACCGAAUCAGGAAGCUGACGGACUCCUGUUCAGGCCUUCAGGGCUUCCUCAUCUUUCACAGCUUUGGUGGGGGCACUGGCUCUGGCUUCACUUCUCUGCUGAUGGAACGCCUCUCCCUGGAUUAUGGCAAGAAGUCCAAGUUGGAGUUUGCCAUCUAUCCAGCCCCUCAAGUCUCCACCGCAGUUGUUGAGCCUUACAACUCGAUCUUGACCACUCAUACCACCCUGGAACACUCAGAUUGUGCUUUCAUGGUAGACAAUGAGGCUAUCUAUGAUAUCUGCCGUCGCAACCUGGAUAUUGAGCGUCCAACUUACACCAACCUCAACCGCCUCAUUAGCCAGAUUGUCUCCUCCAUCACUGCUUCCCUCCGCUUUGAUGGUGCUCUCAAUGUGGACCUCACUGAAUUCCAGACCAACUUGGUGCCUUAUCCUCGUAUUCACUUCCCCUUAGUCACCUAUGCACCUAUCAUUUCCUCUGAGAAAGCCUACCAUGAGCAGCUUUCAGUAGCUGAAAUCACCAGCUCCUGCUUUGAGCCCAAUAGCCAGAUGGUGAAGUGUGAUCCAAGGCAUGGCAAGUAUAUGGCCUGCUGUAUGCUCUACCGAGGGGAUGUUGUCCCCAAGGAUGUGAAUGUUGCUAUUGCUGCUAUCAAGACCAAGAGGACCAUCCAAUUUGUGGACUGGUGCCCCACAGGUUUCAAGGUGGGUAUCAACUAUCAGCCUCCAACAGUGGUACCAGGAGGAGAUCUGGCAAAAGUUAACCGGGCUGUCUGCAUGCUGAGCAACACCACUGCCAUUGCCGAGGCCUGGGCCCGACUGGAUCACAAGUUUGACUUGAUGUAUGCUAAACGGGCCUUUGUGCACUGGUAUGUUGGUGAGGGAAUGGAAGAAGGCGAGUUUUCAGAGGCCAGGGAGGACCUGGCUGCUCUGGAGAAAGACUAUGAAGAGGUGGGGACUGACUCAUUUGAAGAUGAAAAUGAAGGGGAUGAAUUUUAAUUAUAUUGUUCCCCUUACUUACUGUCUAUAUUUCCUCAUUUGCAUGGCCUCUGCUCAACGAAGUCUGACUUUCCAAAGAAGAUAGGCCUGACUCACUGGAAUGGGUACCUGAAAUAAAUAACAUUGAUAGGUUAGGCAGUUGCUAAUAGGUUCAAGAAUGGAGAAUAACCAAUUUUUCAUCCAGUCAACUGUGACCUUUUGUUUGUUCAACCAGAUUUGGGAAUGCUGCCCAGAAAACAGGGAAGUCACUAUAUGAAGGCCUGGGUUCAGUGCUCCAAUUAAGUCCAAUGUACACCUGGGGCAGGGUCCAACCCAUAGUGUUAUUUUGCAGUUCAGGUUUGUAUCAAAAGCUCAAGGCAGCAGAAACUGGGUUACGUAUUUGUUUAUUUAUUUGUUUGUUUUUAGGGGAAAGCAGCAAGGCCUGGGGAUGGGGACAGAGAAGAUUAUGAGAUCCUGUGGUUAAAUAAAUAGCAUUAAAGGAG